GCUAGCAACUGCAUUAACCCAGGCAGACAGUAUCAUUCUUAUUAUGAUUGUCGCCGUGUGAUCUACUGGGAUAUUUAAUCAUGCCCUCUCCCCCAGAUCCCACCGUUUCAGACGGACUGCAGCCGAUCCAGCGAUUGGCAUUGACUCUGCGGUCGCAAGCUAUCAUCAGAAGCCAUGUAUCUUUCCUUUGCUUCCCUUGUCGCUCUGGCGACAUCUGCUGCCGCGAAAAAUCUCUUCGUGUCAUCGUAUGCGGGAUCGAUCACCUCUCUCUCCCUCACUGAGAGCUACGACGGAUACUACGAUCUUAGGGCCGUCUCUUCUACCAAUGCUUCGAGCCCCAACCCGUCAUGGCUGACUCUCAGUCCUCAACACCGUACGCUGUACUGUAUGGACGAGGGUCUUGAGGUGCCCAAUGGCAGCUUGACUUCCUACAAGGUGCAUGAUGACGGCUCGCUGGUGAAGCUUGACCGCAAGGCGACAAUCUCCGGCCCCGUCAGUGGAGUCAUCUACAAUGGUGUCAAGGGGUCGUCUGCAAUGGCCAUUGCCCACUAUACCGGCCACGGUCUUAGUGUCUGGGACUUGUCCCGACAGGGCCAGGUGGAGGAGAUUCAGAACUUCACCUUCACCCUCCCUCACCCUGGCGCGAACCCUGUUCGACAGGACUCGUCUCAUCCUCACGAGGCCAUCCUAGAUCCCACUGGACAGUACGUUCUGAGCCCGGAUCUCGGCGCCGAUCUUGUCCGGGUGUUCAAGAUUGACCCCAAGACCACUUUACUCAAAGAGUCAGAGCCUCUGAAACUGAACCCUGGUUAUGGCCCUCGCCAUGGCCUUUUCUGGUUUCCCAGAGGCAAGCCUCAGAAGCAGGUGCCAAUUUACUUCUACCUGGUCAGUGAGCUCACCAGCCACAUUGAUGGUUUCAAGGUGACCUACCCCGCCGCCGGUGGUAUCUCCUUUGAAAAGAUCUUUGAAACCACUUCGUACGGUGGACCCGAGAAGCCUGACGGCGCUCUUGCUGCUGAGAUUCAGCUGUCGCCUGACAACCGAUUCAUUACCGUUUCCAACCGCAAUGAUUCCUCAUUUAUCAUCCCCAGCACCGGCUCUGGCAACUCUACUAAUGCGACCAUUGAGUAUUCCGACUCUCUUGCUACCUUCAAGCCUCAGCUUGACGGCUCGCUGGACUUUGUCGAGCUGGCUCCUGCUGGCGGUUCCAUUCCCCGUCAAUUCUCCAUCAGCAAGACCGGCGAGUUUUUCGCUGUUGGCCUGUCCGACAGCAGCCGUGUUGUUAUCCUGGCCCGUGAUAUUGCCAGCGGCGUGGUUCUCGGCCCCGUCGCUGAGAUUCACAUUGAUGGCGAGGUGACUUGCGUGGUUUGGGAUGAAUAAGCUAGGAAGCAGACAGCCGUUUGACCUGUAUAUACUGGGCUGCUCUUCUAUUUGUACAUAGAUAUAUAGAAUAUUCCUCUGCGCCUGGAGGGAAUAUGUAGAUAUUGAUCACUUUUAAAUUUUG